ACACUCCUUUACAGAUGGUGGCGGUAAUGCACCCAUAAGCUAAUUACCAACCGCCGUUAAACAACAACAGAAGAAGAAGAAGAAGAAGUCUGACUGGCCCGUUUCCUGAGUGAUCCCUCCGCCUCCGAAUAGACGAUCUUUGAGCUGCACACGAAAGGGAAAGCAAAGCGACUUCUCCAUUCCGGGAUCCUCUCUCGUCUUCAACAGUAAUGAGUGUUUGAGCGAUCGGAAGCGUUUUAAAAAGACGAGUCACGUUUUACUCCUCGGUUUUUUUUUCUCGGUCGGUGUUAGAUUCUGUUUUUUUCCCUCCCCCUCCCGUAGAGACGUUGCUGUUGACCGUGAGGAAUCUGCUUCGCGUGAUCUUUUUUUCCCAGCCGCCAGAUUUACAUCGAGUACACAAAGUUGAUCGGGCAAGCUAGCUAGCUAGCCACGUAGCUAACUUGCUAACUAGCUUGCAGUGCUGAUCCGGGAGUGUGUGUUUUUUUUAGCAAACAUUUUUCGGGGGCGUCGUUUUGUCAGUUCACUGCUUACUCGUCUUGGCUAUCUCCCCUGAAAGCUGAAGACUAUUUGCGGCUUGGUUUAGUGAGGUAAACCGGUUGUUCCCAGCUAGCGUGCUCGAUAUAGCCUGCUAGCUAAUACCCUGCGUAUUUAGCCUGGAAGCCAACAACUGAAGGCCUCAGUCAGCCUCCAACACAUAUCAGCUGCAGCUCACACCAGAGUACUUGCAUUGCCGUGCAGUCAGAGUUGACAGCUUCUUUGGUGACACAGAGACUUCUCCCUGAGGAGCCAAGAAGCAGACGGCUCAUGACUUCUGACCAGGACACAAAAGUUGUCGCUGAACCACAGGUGCAGCAAGUACAAGAGGCAAAAGAGAGCUCUCAUUUGGAAUCCGCCAAGGUUUCAGACCUCAACCCCAAUGCGAAAGCAUGGGCCAACCACAUGUUUAGCCUGGACCCCAGCGGGAGUGCCGACACCACAACUGCUGCCUUGCAGCCAUGGAAGGAAGGCUGCGAUAGUUCGGCCGACCCCGGCCCAGAAGGCUAUGAAGCCAGUGAGGACAAGGCUUACAAGGAGCCCCUACUAACCGACCCAGAUGAGCCUCCACCGGUACCAGUAAUGCUGGCCGAGCCGGCCCCCGUGGCCCCCGUCACACUGGAGUGCUCUGAGCCAGCCUACACAGAAUACCCCGAGACUGGGCAAACAGGCAGCGAUCCCCAGCCAGAGAAUCUCCAGGAAGGCUUGAGGGAGCACCUGAAGAAGACUCUGGAGUUCUGUCUCUCCCGGGAGAAUCUGGCCAGCGACAUGUACCUCAUCUCCCAGAUGGACAGCGACCAAUACGUGCCAAUCGUGACGGUGGCCAACCUGGACCACGUCAAAAAGCUCAGCACCGACGUGGAGCUGAUCGUGGACAUUUUACGAUCUCUGCCAUUGGUCCAGGUGGAUGAGAAGGGGGAGAAGGUGCGACCCAAUCAGAACCGCUGCAUCGUGAUCCUCCGAGAGGUUCCAGAGAGCACGCCCAUAGAGGAGGUUGAGGCUCUUUUUAAAGGCGACAACCUGCCCAAGUUCAUCAACUGUGAAUUUGCCUACAAUGACAACUGGUUCAUCACCUUUGAAUCAGAAGCAGAUGCACAGCAGGCAUAUCAGUAUCUCCGCGAGGAGGUGAAGACCUUCCAGGGGAAGCCUAUUAAGGCGAGGAUAAAGGCGAAGGCAAUCGCUAUCAACACUUUCAUGCCAAAGAACGGUUAUCGGCCGGUGGAGGUGAACCCGUACGCCCAGCAGCGCUACACAUCCUACUACAUCCCGCCGGUUUACAGCCCGCAGCAGCAGUUCCCCCUGUACAGCCUCAUCACGCCGCAGGCCUGGUCGGCCACACACAGCUUCAUCGACCCCACGCUGGUUGCCCCAUUUCACAACAACCAGUUCAUCAACGGAUUUACCACAUCACACAGUUUUAAACCAGCGACGUCUCCCCUCACUGUCAGACACUACUCACCCAGGAACAGGAAUCACAGUAAACCUCACCUGAGGCCGACCGUCCCCACAGCGGACCGAAGCACCGGUCUCCUGGACAGCCCGGGUCUCUUCCCCACUUUCCCCAACGAGAGGCUGAACGGGGUUCGAAGCAGCCCGCCGACACGACUCCCCACCAGCCAGCCCAGAACCAGGUUACCCUCCACCGCGGCCUUCCCACGCAGGGACACCGUGGGCACGGGACGAGUAACCGAGCCCGCCACCACAGACUACUCCCUGGGAGUGGGAAGAGGAAGGAAAAAUAUUUCUGCUUCUAGGAAAAAGAGGGACGAAAAGUUUACAAGAGUGACGCCUCAGUCGCCGCCUCCUCCUCCCAAACCUCCGUCUCCGAGCUUCGAGUUGGGUCUCUCCAGCUUCCCUCCCCUGCCCGGAGCGGCCGGACAGCUCAAAACAGACGACGUCUUCGACAACCGGCUGGCCAGCAGCGUAGUUGUCGGAACCAUCAAAGAACGGAAUGUAAGUGCUGACUCCAGUACCGGAGGAGCCCUCUCUCCAGCGGGCCCCAAAGAGCCUCUUCGACCUUCCACCUCCCCGAUGCCCACAAGCUUCCAGCCCUCGCCGACCACCCCGAUCCCGGCCUCCGGGCCUCCGACACUGACCCCGGCCGCCGGACCUCCGCACAGUCCCGCCCCCUCCCUCCUCCCAGCAACGGAGGUGAAGGUGACGGAGGUGAAGCCGAAGGAGGCGCAGUUAUCUGUGGAGCGAGUUCCCGGCACUCUGUCCACCGCAAGCAAAUCAGUGCAAGUCAACGGUGCUGCCACGGAGCUGAGGAAGCCCUCCUACGCAGAGAUCUGCCAGCGGGUGAAGGACACCCCGACAUUACAGCAACCGCCGACCCCUAAGGAAGCCAAGCCAGCAUGCGCCGCCUCCGCAGGCGAGGAGAGGAAGUGCCCGGACGCCUCCAUCCCGGCAGGGGAGGCCAAAACCAGAGAGACAUACCCCACCUCCUCCAAAACGGGCUCGGCGGCCGUCACCCCGGGCAGACCCCCGCGGGAGGCCCGAAGGCCGGCCGGGCGGUGGGCCUCCCCGCCCCCACACCCAGGGAAAACCCCCAGCAAAGAUCCACAUCACACCCCGCCCAAAUCCCCCCAGUAG